AUGCCAACGAUUGUCAUUGUCCCGGGAGCCUGGAGCCCGCCACAUUUCUACUCCCAGCUCCAAGAGCAUUUUACAUCCAAAAAUGUCAAUGCGAAAGUUAUUCCUCAUGUGGCAACGGGCGCCGAGCCCCUAACAAGACCCUGGACGACGACGUCUCCAACCUGCAUACCGCACUGGCCGAGCUAUCCGAUGCCGGAGAAGACAUCAUCCUCGUGGCCCAUUCCUAUGGCGGACUUGUCAGUUCCAGCGCCGUCAAGGGACCCGAGAAACAUGAACGCCAAAAGAACGGCCACGCAGGCGGAGUCGUGA